AACUGGGCUCACAGGCGCCGAAGAAGAAGAAGAAGGAGGAGGAUGAUGAGGAGGAAGAGAAGGACAUAACGCUGCUAAAAAACACACACUCCCUGCCGGCUCGCAGCAAGAAACAUAUAUUUUAUGCGGUGUCUCGCCAUAGAGGACUUUAAACUUUGAAUGUUGUUGUUUUUUGCCGAGCUUCCGGAAGGAAAAAACAAACAGCGACGCGCCCGUGUGGGAGAAAUCUGCACGAUAAGUUGUUUUUUUUUAAUCUUUUUUUUUUUUUUAAUUACAAGCAAAUAUUUUACACCGUGGAGACGCGUGUUUCUACAAUUUGGAGAUUUAGGGCCGGCGGGUGCUGUCCUGUGGGAUGGAUGACGUCCAGGAGCAGGACCACUACGAGGAGCGCCUGAAAGAACUUUUCAGCAGUUUCGACGGCGCCGGCUGUGGCUCGCUGUGCCCGGGGGAGCUGGCAGACCUGUGCCUCUCUCUCCACCUGGACCAGGCCACUCCGGCCCUGCUGGACUCGCUGCUGCACAAUCAGGACCGCCUCACCGCCAGGGUCGACUUCCACCAGUUUAAGGACGCCCUGAUUUUGGUUCUGUCAUCUGGCAUCGGAGCCCCCCGAGCGGAGCGGGACCCCCCGGACUCCGGACCAGAGUCUCCCGAGAUCCAGCCGAAGUUCGUGAAGGGCAGCAAGCGAUACGGCCGCCGCUCCGCGCCCGUGAUCGCCGACACCAACGCAGACUUGUGCGAGGACGAGGCAGAUUCCGAACACCCCGAUGAGGGCCACGUCGCCAAGGACAACUGUGACUCAGCCAUUCCGAGAAAGCGCGAGCGUUGGAAUGCUGUUGAAACGAGCGCCGAGGAAUAUCAAGCAGAAGGCCAGAUGCACCUGUGGAACCCCGACGAGCCGAGCACGCCUGGAGCGUCCGUCAAGGCUCCCCGUUUGCAGCAUCUGGAGGCGAGGUUUCAAGAGGCCUGCGAGGACUUGGCCAUAGCCUGGGACGGAUGCGCCGACCGCGCCGAUCUGCUGGCUCUCUGCGACUAUCUGGGCCAGGAGAUAAGUGCCGAUGUGGUCCAAAGUCUGAACGGCGACAGAUGGAUUAACGUUCAAGACUUUGUCGCCAUGGUUUUAAGCUUCAGCAAACCCGCCACCCCGUCUGCUUCCACUCCUUACCGGCAGCUUAAACGACAUCACUCCACUCAGCCCUUCGACGAGGUGGGCCGCAGAAUCGCCACCCCCUCAGCCCUGGUAGGCACCAUCGGCACGCGGCUCUUCUCCACCCUGGACGACGGCACCGGCUUCACCUCGGUGGAGUCCGUCAUGGACGCUUGGACGGAGGAGGGCAUUGAAAACAGCACUGAGAUCCUGCAGGCGUUGAAUUUCAGCCUGGACGGCAAGUUGAGCCUGUGCGACCUCACCGCGGCGCUGGAAAAUGAAUUCCUGGUCACCAAGAACAUCGUCCACCAAGCGGCGUUGGCCAGCUUCAAGGCGGAGAUCAGGCAUCUCUUAGAGCGCGUGGAUGGAGAACUCAGGGAAAAAGAGAAACUCCGAUCGGACCUGGAAAAGGCAGAGAGACUUAAAAACCAACUGGCCACUGAGGUGGAUGAGCAUCACUCGUCGAUAGAGCGCACGAAUAACCUCAACCUCAGGAAGCUGGAGCAGGACCACAGGGAGAAGCUGGCCGCUGUCCGGUCGGAGCUGAUGAAGGAGAUGGACCAGAUUCGAGUGCAGGCGAGACAACAGAGCGAGGAGCUGGAGGCGGAGAUGGAGAAGAUCAAAGACGACGAAUCCUUCCUCAGGGACCAUCUCUCCAUCUCGGUGAAGGAGAACCGACAUCUUGAAAUGGAGUUGUUGGACUGCAGUGAAAAACUUAAGGAAGCUCAAAGCCAGGUGGCAAAACUGCAAGCUGGUUUGGACAACAUCAUGAAAGAAAAGUUUGGUGAUUUGGAGCCCAGCAGCGCUGACGUCUUCUUCCAGGAGGAGCGCAUCAAGCAGCUACGACUCGCCUACGAAGCGCAGUGCAGGGAGUUGCAGGACCGUGUGGACGAGCUGCAGUCUGAAGUGCGAGACCUGCACGGCUUGGGCCGCACCCAGCAGACCUGCAGCCGGCCUCUCUCUGAGGAGCUGGACAGUAAAAGUCCCGGCACGGAGUCCGACCCAGGUCUGGGCUCAGAGGAGGUUCAUCCUUUCAGCCUGAGUCUGGAGGCAGAGUUGAUGCUGGAGCAGCAGAAGGAGCAACACCUGCACCAAAUGGACCAGUUGAGGAACCAACUGGAAUGCAAAAUCAAUGAAUUCAGUACAAUGCUCGAACAGCAGAGGAUGACCCACGACCACCAGAAGGACGCCCUGGCGCUCCAGUACCAGCAGGAAGUCCAAGCCUUGAGGGAGGAGCUGGCCGGCGUUGAGUUGCGCACACAGGAGCUCCAGGGCAAGCUGGAACAGGCAGAGCUGGAGCGGACCCGUCUGGAGCAGAAGCAGGCGGAGGAGAGCGAGAAGCUGGAGGAGGUGAGCGCCCUGAGGUUGCAGCUGCUGGAGGCCCAAACCCGCGCUGGAGAACUGGAGGAGCAGCUGAGGAACCUGCAAGACCAACCGGUAGCUCAGAAUCUUCUUACUGAGAUGGAGGAGCUUAGAAAGCAACAUGAAAGUGCAAUAGAUACUCUAGAGAAGAAGAACAUGGAGUUGCUGGAAAUUAGACUGAAGGAGGAGAGAAGUAAACACCAGGAAGAGAAGGAUGUGCUGGAGAAGAGCUGGUUAGAAGGUUUUGAAAGGGAGAAGCACCUGCUGAGACAAGGCCAUAGGGAGGACAUAAGGACCAGGCUGGAGGAAGCCAGGUCCAUCUUCGAGGAGGAGCAAGGUCAGACUGUGCAGAGGCUGACGAAGGAGUGGCAGAAGGAGCGAGCUCAGUUGGACGAGCAGAACAACGAGUCGCUGCAGGCGCUGCUCGAAGAGGAGAUGCUGGGACUCCUGAAGGAGCAGGAGGAGAAGGAGAUCCAGCUCCGAGAGCAGUGGCAGAGCGAGCGGGCUCGACUCCUGCAGCGCCAGGAGGAGGCGCUCCUCGACCACGUCGCUCAAGAGCGACUGCGUCUCCGGGAAGAGCACGAGGACAAGGAGGCGAAACUGAAGCAGGAGUGGGAGGUCGAGAGGCUGCAGCUGGUGGACGAUUACGAGGCAAUGCUCCAGGAGAGACUGGAGGAGGAGCGGGAGAAACACCAAGCGGAGAAGGAGGCGCAGCAGAAGAGGCUGCAAGGCCUGUUGGAGAUGAAAAGAGCACGACAGGAGGAGAGCCACGGGGAGGCCAUGCGGGAACUGGCGGCCAAACAUGCCGAGGAGAGGAACUCGCUCAGCGGGAUGCUGGACAAACUACGAGACCAGGUCGCUCAAGAGAGGCAGGACACGGAGGUGAGCUUCUCCCAGAAAAUCGAGGAAUUAGAGCGUCGUUUCUCAGCUGACCAAGAGUCUGUGGCCGAGCGCUUCGAGGCGGACGUGGCGAAGCUGGAGCAGCACUAUCAAAGCGAGCUGAAGCGGCUCUCAGAGAGCCACGUCAGACAGAAGCUCCUCUGGGAGCCGCGGCUGCAGAGAGCACUCGAGGGCGCCGAGGAACAAAGAGAACAGACAGAGGAUGCUAUGGAACAGGAAGCAGAGAGACAGAAGCAGGAGUGGACACAAGAGCAACGUGAGAUGAAGAGGGUUCAUGAAGAAGUUGUGGAAGCGAUGGUGAAGGUGAACCAGAAGUUGAACCAUGAGAUGGAGAGCAUCAAGAGAACGUCCCAGACCAAAGAAUCGGAGCUAAGUCGACAGUUGAAUGACCUACACAACCAACUUCUGGAAAGCGUGCAGACCAAAGAGCAGCUUCUUGCUCAGUCGAACAAGAAAGCAACAGACAUCGAACUCUUGCUCGAACAGACGGUCGAAGACUUCCGACAGGAGAGGGAGGAACUUCUGAACAGCCACUCGUUGCUAGAAGCGAAAUACAAAGAGAUGCUUUCCAUUUCCGAAAGACAGACCGUCGAGAGGAUUGAAGUGCUAACUGAGCGCGACGACUUUAAGCUGAGGAUCGAGGAAAUGGAAAAGCUCCUUAAACAAGCAGCGGACGACUUUGAGGUGGACAGGGAGGAGCUUCGAGAACACGUGGCCAUCCUCGAGGAGAAGUUGAAAGGAAGUCAUGCUAAAAAUGCUAGCAACGCCACAUUGGCAACAAAGAUCUUAUACGUCAGUUGUCUAAAUCAAGGGAUUGUAGAAGAUACGGUUAUUGAAACUGAUGCAGUGGAAACAAAUACAGAAGACCUUCUACUUAUUAAGCAGGAACCUUGUGAAGAACAAGACACCAUGCCACAAGUGAAGAUACAAUUAAGUGAAAACCAAGACCAAUUGCAGAUAUCUGAUCUCAGUGACUUGUGGAUUCACAACGCUGAGAUGUGUGAUGAUCCACAAGCUUUCAGUUCAGACGAUGAUCCUGAAGAAUGUUUGGGAACCAAAGAAAAAAACUCUGAGAUGACCACCUGCAAUCCUAAGGACUCUGAGAGUAAUGAAGACAAGAAGGAAGCUUUCUCACAACGAGAGUUACAAUUUGAAGACUUUGACUUGUCACUUAGGACGUCUGGAGCUUUAGAAGCACACAAAGGCGAAGAUGAACCUGCUCCUGGCUUGGAAACCCUUUCACAUCAAGACAAGCUGGAUAAGGUAUUCAUGGAUUCCUGUGAACUAUCUCUGGAUGCCGAUGAUAAUCCUGGUUCAGACAUCGGGGAACCUGUGGAGCAAGACGUUGUCUUUGAACUACAAUCGUUGUAUCUCCAAGCAAAGGAUGAUAAUCUUCUCCUAGAGGAAAAGAUCUCUCUGCUUCAGCAGAAGACAGACCUCCUCCAGAGUCUCUUGGAGCACAACAACUUGAAGAUCCAAACGGGCCGCGAGCACCUGGAGGAGAACUACAGCCUUAAAGUCAAACAGUUUCUGCUGAUAGAACACAUCAAAGUGCUGGAGAUGAAAGCCUUAAAACUGAAAGAACUUCAAGGUCUCUACGAAGAUUGCUUGUGUGAGAACGCCGAUCUAAAAGAACAAAACGGCAAACUUAAUAAGAGAGUUUGGAGCCUGGAAAGGAACAUGUCUCCUGAUUUCCAAGACGAGCUUGUGUCCCCUUUGGACCAAAUCAUUGUGAUGCGAGAGGAGAACUACGAGCUUGCUGAGUUAUUCAGGGAGGUUGACAUUAAUCCAGGUUCUUCCGAGAGACCAAGAAGCUGUUCUGAGUCUUCUACCUUAAAGGAUUGCUGCUGGGACUGUGAGGUGAACACCAGCAAUCUUCACAAAGACAUCUCAGAGCUCCAAGGAGAGGAUGCAGGCCCUCAGGCCAGUAGCGCCGUAGCGGUCCGCCUUGCUGAGGAGAACGUCAGCCUUAAGCAGAAGAUUUCUUCGCUGCAAGAGGAAGACCUGAAACAAGCCCAGGAAGAUCUCACACGUACGCUGGAGCAGCUCGAUCGGGGGAAGGUCUUAGCUGAGCAGGCGGCCGAGGAUUUCAACAAACAGAUGUCCGAUCUUUGCUCGCAAAGCCGCCGUCUGCAGAGCGAGAACGGGACGCUGGCGCGGGAGAACGCCCGGAGCCUCACCGACGUGGAGACGCUGAAGAAGCAGCUGGCCGAGCUGAUGAAGGACGGCGAGAGGAAGGAGGUCUUCACGGGCGAGGAGAAGAGAAAGCUGGCGAUGUGUGCACGUUCUCUGGAGGCCGAGUUGACCAAAGCUCUGGAGGAGAUGGCCAGGCUGGAGGAGAGGAACUCCCAGCUGACCCGGCAGGUCUCUAAGCUCCAGGACAAGGUGAAGACGGUGGAUGAGAGCCUGCAGGCCGUGGACCACAAAAGAGUUUGCCUAAAGUCGGAGCUCCGGCUCGUGCAGCAGGAUCGGGACUCCUUCCUCCAGGAAGUAGCGGUGCUGCAGAAGCAGCUGCAGAAUGCCAAUGACAAGAACUAUGCUUUGGAGACGGUCCUGCACUCCCAGACUCCCAAGAAGAAGCUCCACAGGGAGGAAGAUGACCAUCAGCUGCUGCCGGACACCACUAGCUUCCUGUCUAACAUGCAGCAGCGAGCGAGCCAUUCUUCUGGGAUCAAAGCUUUGGAGCACGAGAACGCCUCCUUGAAGCAGGAAGUAGAGCGCCAGAAGUUAGUGAUGGAGGGUCUGGCUGCCAGAGAAGGACUUGCGGGGAUGAAGAAACUUCUGGAGGAAAACGAGGCCCUGAAGGACAAAGUGCAGCAACUUACUUCUCAGCUGCUUGAGUCAUACCAAAGUCACUUUGCGGGACUUUUGCCCGCGUCGCCUCGCAGGACGACACGGGGGCACCGCGUUGACGGCGACGCAGACAAGGCGCAGGACAGCCGUGAGCGAAGAAUGGCGUCCAUGGAGGAGAGGAUGAAGGAGAUCGAGGUGUCGCUGCGUAACGUGAAGAUGCUCCUCCGAGAGAAGGUGGCCCAGCUCAGAGACCAGGUGCAGAAGAACAGCGUGGCCGACGUGCUGAUCCGAGACCUGUACUCUAAGAACAGUCAGCUGCUGGAGGAGACGUCCAAGCGCAGACGACACAAGAUGGCGGAGAAGAACCAGGAGGACAUGUUGGACUUGCACAGCAAACUUUCUUCUCCAAAUCUACCAAAGCUCCGGACAUCACCCACAUCCCCAACCUCUGACACUCACUUCAACUCACAUCCAACCUCCAACUUCUAACCAGAGGUGGGUAGAGCAGCCGGAAAUUGGACCCAAAUAUUUACUUGAGUAAAAGUAAAAAAGUAUUUCGUGAAAAAACUACUCAAGUACUGAGUAACUGAUGAGUAACCUGUUUGUUUAAUGAUGACGGCAACUAGUAAUGCACAAAAAACUAAAAAUAGCAAUGAACAAAUUCAGAGUCAGGAAUAUCUCUUAAGCAACUGAAACAAUAAUAUAUAUUAAAUAAUAAUACAUUAAAAUAAAAAAAAUGAAGCCACAAUAACUUAACAGCACCAUAUUGAUUGAAACUUUUAUUAGUAGAUUGCACAAUAAAGUACAAAUUCUGUACAAUUGACCACUAUGAGGUGAUCUACCUCAUAUACAUAAACACAUCCAUCCAUUUUCUACCGCUUAUUCCCUUUGGGGUCGCUGGUGCCUAUCUCGGCUACAAUCGGGCGGAAGGUGGGGUACACCCUGGACAAGUCGCCACCUCAUCGCAGGGCCAACACGGAUCGAAAGACAACAUUCACACACUAGGGACCAUUUAGUGUUGCCAAUCAACCUAUCCCCAGGUGGAAGUGGGAGGGGCCUAUCCCCAGGUGCAUGUCUGUGGAGGUGGGAGGGGCCUAUCCCCAGGUACAUGUCUUUGGAAGUGGGAGGGGCCUAUCCCCAGGUGCAUGUCUUGGGAAGUGGGAGGAAGUACCCGAAGGGAACCCACGCAGUCACGGGGGAGAACAUGCAAACUCCACACAGAAAGAUCCCGAGCCUGGGAUUGAACCCAGGACUACUCAGGACCUUCGUAUUGUGAGGCAGACGCACUAACCCCUCUUCCACCGUGAAGCCUACAUACUGUAUGUACAUGAUUGUUUGUAUUUUAGUAUUAUUUACAUAUAUACAUAUGUACAUGAUUGUUUGUAUUUUAGUAUUAUUUACUUAUAUACAUAUGUACAUGAUUGUUUGUACUUUAGUAUUAUUCACUUAUAUACAUAUGUACAUGAUUGUCUUUUAGUAUUAUUCACUUCUUAUUAUAUACAUAUGUACAUGAUUGUUUGUAUUUUAGUAUUAUUUACUUAUAUACAUAUGUACAUGAUUGUUUGUAUCUUCGUAUUAUUUACUUGUAUACAUAUGUACAUGAUUGUUUGUAUUUUAGUAUUAUUUACUUAUAUACAUAUGUACAUGAUUGUUUGUAUUUUAGUAUGAUUUACUUGUAUACAUAUGUACAUGAUUGUAUUUUAGUAUUAUUCACUUAUUUAUAUAUGUACAUGAUUGUUUGUAUUUUAGUAUUAUUCACUUAUAUACAUAUGUACAUGAUUGUCUUUUAGUAUUAUUCACUUCUUAUUAUAUACAUAUGUACAUGAUCGUUUGUUUUUUAGUAUUAUUUACAUAUUAUAUACAUAUGUACAUGAUUGUCUUUUAGUAUUAUUUACUUGUUAUAUACAUGUGUACAUUAUUGUUUGUAUUUUAAUAUUAUUUACUUAUAUGCAUGUGUACAUACAUGACUGUUUGUCUUCUAGUAUUAUUUACUUGUUAUAUACAUAUGUACAUGAUUGUCUUUCAGUAUUAUUUACUUAUUAUACACAUAUGUACAUGAUUGUUUGUCUUUUAGUAUUAUUUACAUAUAUACAUAUGUACAUGAUUGUUUGUCGUUUAGUAUUAUUUACUUGUUAUAUAGAAGUGUACAAUAUUGUUUGU